AUGGACAUGACCCAUCUGGAGAGGGAAAGGCAGAAAUUAUCGGUGGACAUGCAAAAUGAAAGAAAUGUAAAUAAUAAAGAAAAGGUACACAUACUAAGUACGUACUAUACGGACAACGAACAGCUCGUUUACUCCUCACUGGCUUCAUUUAUUGAGUCAAAAAAAUAUUCCUUUGAGGGGUAUGUCAUGUCCACCUUUGCUAUUAAGGUAAACCCCUCUUACUACUCUGCGUGGAUGUACAGGAGGAAGUGCCUGCGCAAACUGAAUUUGAAUUUGCUAAAUGAGUUGCGCUUUACAAAGUGUGUUAUUUGCGACAAUAUAAAAAGUUUCCAGAGUUGGUUUCACCGGAGGUGGCUCGUCGAGUAUAUUUGCAAACUGGCAAGGGGGGGUACCCUGCGGGGGGAGCAGGCGGAGAGCGCAAAUCGGGGGAAGCGCGUCGGUAGCCGCUCCUUGGGUGCAGCUCACAGCAGUGGGGAGAACAGCUCGGGGGGGCCCCAAAUCGCCUGGGACAGUUACGACUUGGAGGACGAGGGGAACUUCAUCAGCAGCGAUGGAAGCGGUGGUAGCGAUGGUAGCGGUAGCAGCAGUAUCAGCGGUAGCCGUGGCAGUCGCGCCCGCCGCGCCAGUCCUGGGCUCCCCGCAGAAGAGCGUCCCCUCGAGGAAGACGCCUUCCUAAGCAACUGCGAGGAGGCAGACUUCGACGCAGAAAAGGCAGAUGUCGCCAUUCUGCACGAAGAUUUGCAAAACCUCGUCGAAAGCUGCGAAUUUUUCAAAAACGCGUUAAGGCCAAACGGGGAGCCGGUAAACAUAGACGAAUUUUUAUACGAAGAAAUGCUUUACAGUAACUGCGACAUAUUUCUGGACGCAAAAAAUUACAACUCCUGGGCACACAAAACAUGGCUAAUUGACAAAUUAGGAAUUUUUAAAAAUAAAUAUUUAUGUGAACAAUAUAAUAUCAUAUCGCAUGAGUUUAACUUUAUCAAUUAUUUUUUAAAACAUGACAUUUAUAAUAACUCCGUGUGGGUGUACAGGUACUUUAUACUCACCAAAUUGAAAUACACACGUAAGUUACGCAAAAUGGAGAGGGAAAUUAAAUUCUGCUUAAAUUAUGCCAAACAGUUCCCCCACAACGAGGCCAUUUUCAAGUACCUCUUUCGCGUCAUUUUCUUGUAUACCCAUUUGUACAAAAAAAAAAAAAAAAAUGUGGCGGACAUUUUCGAAAUUCCGCUACUCCUCAAUUUGAAAGAAGAGUUGGCCAAACUGACCGAUCAGUCCAAAUAUGUCUUGAUUUUCCUCUCGGAGCUUUACUCCUUCAAUGGGCAGCGCGCCCAGGAAGUGCAGUGCUACAGGCAUCUCCAAAAAAACGACAACUUUAACGAUGCUGUGUGGAGAUACAGAAUUGAGGAGGCCCAAAUGAAGCAACCAUGUGACGCGAAAUCGAUGUGA